AUGCCUUCCCUUUUUAUUGCUGUAAAAGAUAUCCAACCUAUACACAAACUGAGAGGUAUUAGAGUACGUUGUGUAAGGGUGUAUGUAGUGCCUGAAAGUAGGGGAGGAGGGAAUACCAUCAAGAGUAUGGAGUGUUUGCUCCAUGAUGAUCAGGGAGAUUAUAUACAUGUGGAGAUCUAUAAUCCUGUUGACAAGAUUGUGGGCGGUAGAGCAGCAAAAUUGAUUGACUUUCAAAUAUGUGAUAAUGCUGACAAUUACUUGAUGUGUACCUUGUGGGAUUCUCAUGUGGACUCUCUACUGCCAUAUUACAAUUCUGAUUCGAAGGAACCAGUGAUUGUAGCUAUUCAGUGCUGUAGGGCCAAGGUGGUCAAUGGUGAGGUUAGAAUAACAUCAUCAUAUGAUGCAACUAAGCUAUGGUUUAAUGAGGAGUUUGAUGAGUUCAAGGACUUCAGAUCCAAUUUCGGCACUGGCACUCAACACUCACAGUCAACAGGGAUUGAACGUUUCCAAAAGGGUGAAACAAUUGAUGGUCAGUAUUUUGUUCCUGCUGAAAUAAUUGCUAUAGAGGCUUCAAGAGGUGAGUGGUACUACAUGGCCUGCAUGAGACCUGGCUGUAACAAGAAACUCAAAGAAUCUGAAGGGUCCCUAGUAUGUGACAAGUGUGAAAAACACUACCAAGAAGGUACAGCAAGGUAUAAAAUUUUGGUUAGAGUUUUAGACAAAACUAAGGAUGCACCAUUCCUGGUUUGGGAUCGUGAAGUGGCUGAUUUGGUUGGCAUUCCAACUGCUCUUUUGUAUCAAAAGUACAAACAGAUUUAA